AUGAGAUCAAGCAGAUCCCUUUCUACUCAGGAUAGCAAAGUUCUAAGUGCUCUUGAGAUUCCAAUUAUUACUCCGAAGGCACGGGCUCCUUGUGUUGUUAGGUGGGGGAAUCUUCGGGUUGGAUCUAUAAAGCUGAAUGUAGAUGGUAGUUGCUAUGAGAAUCCAGAGACAUGUGGAGGGGGUGGUGUGAUUCAAGGUUGCAGCAAGGAUUUCCUAGGUGUUUAUUCAUCCUUCUUUGGCUAUGGAACUAAUAAUAAAGUCGACCUUAGGGCCUUGAUGGAGGAAGUGUGGAUGUGCAAAGAGAUGGGUUAUAUGAAUGUGGAGAUUGAAUGUGACUCUAAUGAAGUGGUCGAUUGGGUUCGUUCUCAGAAAUGCAUGAUAUGGUAUUUUUGGGAUUUUUGGGAAGAGUUGCUUGAGGCUCUUUCCAUGAUUAAUUUUACCACUGCUCACCAAUUCAAAGAAGGAAAUAAGGCUGCGGACUUCUUGGCACGUCAGGGAGAGAAAUGCACCACUAUGAGAUAUUUGGAGUUUGACUCUUUACCUUGUUUAGUUAGAGGCAUGAUAUGA